AACUCACCUUUGUACGCAAUGGCCUCGCUGUGGAGGAUACCUUUGCUGUUGGCCAGUACACGCUGCGUGCAAAUCUCCCUGUCGUCACCCAAUCCUCCAGCAAAAGCCGAUGAACGUCGCAAGUUCGUCAACACGACUAGCUCGAAGCAAAGGGGAAUACAGCUUAAGGAUGUGUUGCCUUUAAUCACGAAGUUCUACAAGGCACUCAUGAUCGCUAUCAACUUGAUUGAGGUUGUUGUCAUCGUGGCGUCGAACUUGCCUUUCUCCCGUAUUCAGCACAACAUCUUUGUCGGAAUUCAGACAGAUCAUGUCAGAAUUACCUUGAGCUUCUUGUUAGGUUUCCUUCUGGUGAUAUCCGGGACGAUGCUCAGAAUAUUCUGCUACCGAAUACUUGGGCCAAACUUCACCUUCGAACUCACUUUACGACCCGACCAUGACCUUAUCACUUCUGGUCCUUAUUCCGUCGUUCGGCAUCCAUCCUACACUGGAGGUCUCAUCUUUAUGACAGGGCUGUCGGUGUGUCAAAUGGGAGAAGGAUCAUGGUGGAAGGAAUCCGGACUGCAGGAACUUGUUCCUGGUAGGCUAUUCUGGAUGGUUUGGGUUGGCGUUGUAGCGGUAGUUGAAGCAUUUCUCGUCUAUCGGACAACCGUGGAAGAUGAAGCUUUGAAGGGGCAUUUUGGAGAGAAAUGGGAACGAUGGGCAAAGACAACUAGGUAUAGACUACUUCCAUACGUGUACUGAUUGUGUGACUCGUCUUCAUAGCACUUUGUGGGGACAUCUUCCAUUAUCCCAUUGACACAAUGCAGGCGUGGAGCCACGGGCUUCUUGCUGUUGAUAUGUCACAUAUUGACCAUGAAGCGGAGACGGAAGCUACUGUAUACAAGAGAUGGAAUUCUCUAAUGGUAUUCUUGAUGGUGGGUUUUCAAGAUGAUUCGCAACGCGGUCGGAACGAUAUCAGCAGGACCGUGGGGUUACAGUGGCGAAAUAUGAAGCGUCCUCGUGAGACAACUGAAGACAGCCAGGUACGAAGCCCGCAUUCUGCGCCUUCACUGAUCUUCCCCUUUUGCAGGUGCAGCUUGUAAUCGGUAUAGGAAUCCCUGGUCGCAUCUGCACUUGUCAUUCGCCGACUGAUCGCUAUUGCUCUUAGCUCGGUCCCUCUCAAAAGUAGCCCAUAUCGGCUUCUCACAUACUAGAUUUGUAGAUGAUCGUCCUUUCGAGGGUUGGUUGUAUAUGUUGGAUCCUAUCAUUGUCUGUCACUUC